AUGUCCGACCCUAGCAAGAGCAAGAGCGAGAGCGAGUGGAGGGCCAUCCUGAACCCUGAGCAGUUCCGUAUCCUCCGAGAGAAGGGUACGGAGCGCGCGGGCACGGGCAAGUACGACAAGUUCUCGGAGGAGGGCGUGUACACCUGUGCGGGGUGUGGCACGCCCCUGUACAAGAGCGCGACCAAGUUCAACAGCGGCUGUGGCUGGCCCGCGUUCUUCGACGCUAUCCCUGGAGCGGUCCAACGCCAUGAGGACCGCACGUUUGGCAUGACGCGCAUCGAGAUCACCUGCACGGCUUGCGGGGGUCACCUCGGCCAUGUCUUCAAGGGAGAGGGCUACCCUACGCCUACCGAUGAGCGUCACUGCGUGAACUCCGUGUCCUUGAACUUCCACGAGGGGAAGUCCGACUAG